AGCAGCCCAGUGUAUGGACAGACAGGCCAGGCAGGGAAAGCCCUCAGACAGUUAGUACGGUGUCUGCAGUCAAGACCGCCGCUCGCACUGUGCUGUCUCCACGCCGAGGGCUGCGCGUCUAAACGGACUGAAAAACACCCGAAAAGAAAGAAAUCAACGCAAGAAGCAGAUCAGCUGCAUUCACUUGCUUUUAGGUGGGACAUGGCUGAUGUAAGUUUGAACGAGUCGUCCACCGUGGACGUUGCGAAUAGGUUUGCUCGGAAAGGUGCUUUGAGGCAAAAAAACGUCCACGAAGUCAAGAACCACAAGUUCAUUGCCAGGUUCUUCAAGCAGCCGACUUUCUGCAGCCACUGCACCGACUUCAUCUGGGGGUUUGGAAAGCAAGGGUUCCAGUGCCAAGUUUGCUGUUUUGUGGUCCACAAGAGGUGCCAUGAAUUAGUCACGUUCUGCUGCCCAGGGGCAGAUAAGGGGCCCGACACAGACGACCCCAGAACAAAGCACAAGUUUAAGAUCCACACCUAUGGGAGCCCGACCUUUUGCGAUCACUGUGGCUCUCUGCUGUAUGGCCUGAUCCACCAGGGCAUGAAAUGUGACUCCUGUGAUAUGAAUGUUCAUAACCAGUGUGUUAUGAAUGUGCCCAGCCUGUGUGGGACCGAUCACACUGAAAGGAGGGGACGUAUCUACCUGAAGUGUGAGGUUGCCGGGGAUAAGAUGCAUAUCACAGUGGGUGAAGGCAAAAACCUCAUCCCCAUGGACCCCAAUGGCCUGUCUGAUCCAUAUGUCAAGCUCAAGCUCAUACCAGACCCUAAGAAUGAGACCAAGCAGAAGACCAAAACUAUCCGCUCCAACCUCAACCCAAGAUGGAAUGAGUCAUUUACUUUCAAGCUGAAGCCUACAGAUAAAGACCGCCGCCUGUCAGUGGAAGUGUGGGACUGGGAUCGGACCACCAGGAACGACUUCAUGGGAGCCCUUUCCUUCGGCGUGUCGGAGCUCAUGAAGGCUCCAGUCUGUGGCUGGUAUAAGUUGUUGUGCCAGGAGGAGGGGGAGUACUACAAUGUUCCCAUCUCAGAGGAGAAUGAUGGUAAUGAGGAACUGAGGCAGAAAUUUGAGGACCAAGCAGUUGUGGAAGACUCUGAUCAGAAAGCCAAGCUAGGCCCAGGGAAGAAGGUGAUCAGUGACACGGAAGACAGCCACUCCAGCCAGCUGCCAUCCAAUAGCCUGGACCAAGUCAAACUCAGUGACUUCAUCUUCCUGGCUGUGCUAGGGAAAGGCAGCUUCGGCAAGGUCAUGCUAGCAGAGAUGAAGACCACUGAAGAGCUGUAUGCAAUCAAGAUCCUUAAGAAGGAUGUGGUAAUCCAGGAUGAUGAUGUUGAAUGUACCAUGGUGGAGAAGAGAGUCCUGGCCCAACAGGACAAGCCACCCUUCCUCACACAUCUCCACUCGUGCUUCCAGACCGUGGACCGUCUGUACUUUGUCAUGGAGUACGUGACUGGGGGGGAUCUCAUGUACCAUAUCCAACAAGUGGGCAAGUUCAAGGAACCUCAGGCAGUGUUCUAUGCAGCAGAGAUCGCUGUUGGUCUCUUCUUCCUGCACAGUAAAGGAAUCAUUUACAGGGAUCUGAAGUUGGACAACGUUAUGCUGGACUCUGAGGGACACAUUAAGAUUGCUGACUUUGGCAUGUGCAAAGAGAACAUGAUAGAAGGAGUGACCACACGAACCUUCUGCGGCACUCCAGACUACAUAGCUCCAGAGAUCAUUGCCUAUCAACCAUAUGGACGCUCUGUAGACUGGUGGGCUUAUGGAGUUCUGCUCUAUGAAAUGCUGGCAGGACAGCCUCCAUUUGAUGGUGAGGAUGAGGAUGAAUUGUUCCAGUCCAUUAUGGAGCACAAUGUGUCCUACCCAAAGUCAUUGUCCAAAGAAGCUAUCUCCAUCUGCAAAGGGCUGAUGACCAAACAUCCCUCCAAGCGUCUGGGAUGCAGCCCUGAAGGAGAGAGGGACAUCAGAGAACACGCCUUCUUCAGACGCAUCGAUUGGGAACGCCUUCAGAACAGAGAGAUACAGCCACCCUUCAAGCCUAAAGUGAGUGGCAAAGCAGCAGAGAACUUUGACAAGUUCUUCACCCGCACCCAGCCUCAACUCACACCACCAGAUGAGCUGGUCAUUGCCAACAUCGACCAGGCUGAGUUUUCUGGGUUCUCUUUCAUCAACCCGCAGUUUGUUCACCCUUCGCUCACCGUCAGCGUAUGAGAAGGAUGGAGAAACGUCUGUGAAGAAACCUCCCUGCUCACUGCCGCCCACUUAAACCAACCGCCAACCUAACUUUCUGAAUACAACUUGAUCAAGACCCGCAAUAGAUCCUGAUGUAUUGGUGUCUGUAUAAAGCAGGGUUCUAGGUAAUGCAUAUUUCUCAGUACAACCUUUUUGCCAGUAUAGAAUAGGUAGAUUCAAGUCUGUCUUGGCCACCACAAGAAAUAAUUUCCUUUAGAUUGAUGAUGAACACGCACUGUAGACAAGGAUGUGCUUUGACCUGGAGGCACUAAAACAAAGCUGUUUAGAGAAUAAACGAAUCUGCUUACAGUAAUUUCAUGGAUAAGGAGUAUUGUUCUACAGAGCUAAUUGGUGGGGGACAUUUUAUAUCAUUGUGGAUAAUCAUCACAGCUCAGAUACUAUGUGAUGACCUGAGAAACACUCUUACACUCUUAGCAGUGUAGAUGCUAUAGCCAAAUAUGAAGGACAGGUGGUGCAGGCGUUGAAACAGCCCCUUGUGUUUCAAUGUUUCCUGUAUCAUGUUUACAGUUUUCUUCCUCUUUAAUUUUCAUGGUGAUGGUGUCUAAUUAAAAUUUUAGUAUACAAAUUGAUUUUAGCCAAUUUCAACUACCAGUGUGUGUAGCAAGUCGACUCAAACUAUCUUAUACAGCCUGUAAAAGCAUAAAGUUGUGAAGGUGUUUGUUCCAGUUCAUUGAACGGUAACUUGACUGAACUGUUAUCAGCUGUUUGGUUCUGAGAAUAAUAAUUCACACCUGCACCGUUUUCCUCGCCCUUAUUGAGCUGCAGAUUGUAUACCUACCUUGUCAAUAGUUUUGUGGACACUGUGUGGACACAGAGUAAAUUUUCAUCAGUUUCUAAAGUGGCCAGUUUCAUUCUUAUACGGUAGCUUGAAAUCGAUAAUGAACAGUUUACAGUUUGUCAGAUUUCAACACUAGUCAGUGUUAAUUGGUGCUGCUGUCCAAUUCUGCACCCACUGACUACAAAGCCUCUUAUUGGUCAUAUACGUCUUAACGGGAUGUAAAGACAUGGAGAUUUUCAUAUCAUGUGACAUAAUUGUGUAUUAAUUCUGCAAUGUUGCGUUGCAUACAGUAUCAUCCACACAAGAGUUGAUAAUGAGCUUGAUAAAACACGUACAUGUAUGUUAGUUUGAACUGAUGCAUAUAUAUAAAUAUAUAGUAUCACAAAGGAUUAUUUUGCUUUGUAGUCCAGAGAAGAACAUUUGUGUUUCAUUUGGAUUUAAAAUAACCCUGCAUCCCUGUCUGUUUCUUUAACUAAUAUCCUUGUUUUCAGUCUCCAGUUUUUUUUGUGAUCUCAUACAUAUUUUUCCAUUAGAUCAGAUUCAUAUUUUAAUGUAUCUAGGAACCAGUGUGUAACUCCUUUGUAAAUAAUCAUUAGUUAUUUAAAAAAGAGUAUAGCAAGUUACACUUUUUAUACCAACACCUGAAUGUGCUUUUAUUACAUUAUUAGAUAAGCCAAUAUUUGUAUGUCUUUAAAAAAGAAAAGAAAAAAAAGAAAAGAAAAAACUAAACUAAAAAACAUAACCCAGUACCCAGUACUUUGUAACUACUGGAUGUAUACGAAUCCAGCUUUAGCAAGUUAUGAAUAAUAUCUGUUCUACUUGUUUUGUCAGAUUUAUCAAUUAUUAUUAAUAUCAUUAUUUCCUUUUCAUUUGGGGUUAUUUUGAUGGCAGAUUGUGUGUUGAUUGGAUGCGUGUCUGGCUGUUGACUGUCCCUCUGUAUCUGCAUGCUGUUGGUAGGCAUCAUUCAUGCAUGUGAUAUUCUGAAUGCUGCAUGCUAUAAGGUAUGUAACCCCAUAGAGUUACAGUGUCAAAGUGAUCUCACUUUAAAGGUAGGAGUCUGCCCUUGUAAUGUUUGAAUCUCUUUUGUCCUUCUUAAUUUAACAGUGGCCAUGGUUAGUUUAAAUCAAUGUUGACUGCAACAGAUUUCUAGUGACAGCUUUUCACUGAUAUGAAAUGCCAACAUAAAUGUAUGAAAUGACUUCUGCGUCCUAACACGCUGACUGCUCAGUUCUUUUCAAACUAUAUUUUUGCUACUUACAGGACACUUUUUUUUUUUAGAGUAGAAUACCACUGUAGGUCAAAAGCCAUCUAGACUGGUUUAACAGAUUUAACAGUAGGUGGAUCCCAUUAAACAUCACAAUCAAUAAUAGUAUCACAAAACUACUGAACUGAGACCAGCUUGCCUAAGAUGCAAGGUUGGUAGGCUUUAAGUAAACUGGAGGAACAACAGGGAUUUUGCUUAAAGAAUGCAGGUCACAGGGGCUAAAUAACGUAACAUAGACGUUUAUUACAGCUUAUACAUUUAAGAAGAUGCUUUGCAUAGUCUUUCCUGAUAGCUAGUCCCUGCUGCUGGUUCUAGAUCAGCUAUUUCUUCCUCAUGUUGUCACACUGUUUUUUUGUUUUUUUUUUCUUUUUGCUGUUGAUUUUAGGACUUUGUCAGUGUUGUCUGUUUUGCUUCUCUUAAAAUUCAGGAAUGUUUUAAAAUAUAUAUCACAUUAUAAAACUCAUAUCUGACUGCUAUAGGUGGGAGUUAUUAACAUAUUUGUAAUAUUUCGUCUGUGUUUUCAAAGAGUUGUUCUCUCUCCUAUGAUGUUUCCUGUCUUACCUUUUGCAUGUGCCAAACCUGGAUAAACACCGGAACCCAACAAUAGCAGCCUUGCACUAGCUGUAGUCACAUGGAUGACUUUCCGUGGCAGCUCCUCCCUGUGUACGUAUUUACACCCUGUUGGCCACAUAGUGUAUAGCAGCAUGCUGCCAUGACUAUACCAGUGCACAUUGUGUCAGUACACUUAACAUUGCCAGUCGAUUUACUGUGCACGUUCUCCUGAGCUUCCUCUGAUCUUGGGCAGAAAGGCAUCUGAGAGAAAUUUUGCAGUGAAAUUUCUCAGAACUGAAAGUAAAUAUUCCUUGUAUAUACACAGAGUUUACGCAGCAACAGUCUUGCCCUCGUCAAACUUGCUCCUCUGUAUGUGACUAUGUGCUGACUAAACGUAUCCCUUUAAUAGAAUCUCUCUUACCUUGCUGUGUUUUCAGUAUGUCAAGUCAUAGUCAGUGUGGGCACAGUAACGAUUAAUCCUCUUCCCCCGUGUGCCUUUUCCAGCUUGUCCAGAUAUUCUGAACAGUCUUUCACCCUGACUUAAACUCCCUAUUCCGUUUUACUCCAUACUAUAUUUGAUUGUAGUCUUUGACUUUUCAAACUAAUUAUUUACUUCAUUUUACUUAACUGUAUUCUGUGUUUUUCUUCAAACUCCUCUUACAAUUCACAUGAAUGUAAAUUAAAACGUCUAUGAAAUAAAUAUUUUAGCUAGAAUAUUUUAACACGGACAACCUUUAUAGUCUAAACUAGUAUGACUGGAUUUAUCCUUGUGUCUACUUAAUUUACCUUUACCUCCCUGUGCCUAUCAGUGACAAUGAGGAAAAUGGCAAAUGGACACUAUUGAAAUAUGAUAUAGGAUGGUGAGGGAGUUAAGGAUCAAAGAGCACAGAGAGGAUAGAUGAUGAUGAUGAUGGCGGCUUUUUUGAAGAACAACCCCUGUGCCUCGUUAUUUGGAACCCUCCCUCCCCCUUGUCCUCUUACACUCCGUCUGUAUCUAAGUCCUCAGUGCCUCGGCCAGGUCAAUCCAUGGUAGUAAACUCCUCUUUUCACCUUUUAAUCUUUAAAUCAGGAAAGCAGUUGAUCCCUUGUGCGAUUCACUUGCCAGUCAGUUUCACCCGUUCCCCUUCUCUACCGGGAUUCCCCACUGCACCUUGGCAAAGGAGUCAGCCAAAUUGGUUUGUUUACAUCUUCUGUCCUUACUUUUGUGGUUUUAAUUGAACUGAUUUGGAUGGCCAGAUAUUUUAGAGAUAUAAUUGUGAAUGUAAGGUCUGAGAUAUUUUUUUUUUAGUUAUCGCUUCUUAUGAUCCUUUACUUUAAAUGAACCUGGUGUAAUGUCUCUAUUCUUAUUAGUUAGUCAAUACUCUUCCUUGUGUCCUGUUGUGCAGUGAGAGAGUUGAAGUGAACUGCUAUCCUCUUGGCCGUACAGGGCACAGGAUCAGUGAUGUGCAAGAAUGCCUUAUAUUACCCAUACAGUAACAUCCUCUGUCUGUUCAUUUAUAAUCUCUGCACCCCUGUCCUUGUACAUAAAUGACUUACAGUAGAUAUCUAAAUAGACUGUAAAAGAAAGAAUAUAUUGUAUUUUGCAAAUGGUGUAUGUUUGUUUUCUUCCCUUGUCAGCCUGAAACCUUUAAAAUGAGUCUGAGCUACUUACCUUGUAAUUGAUUGUGUUAUUUGUACCUAAUGUAUGAUAAUGCAAAUAAAAAAGUUAAACUAG